AUGUCGGAUAAUUUACAAGAGGUACAGAUGGAGGGCUUGACUGCACAAGAGCUCGAGGAAACUGUCUCUUUUUUCGUAGAACGUCAAGAGUUCAAGCUUAAUAGAAGCCUUCUAUUUCGUAAAGUUGAUAUUUUAAAAGACGAAAACUUUCCCCUCCCCUUGAGGGUAGAUAUCGAAUCAUUCAGAGCAUUUUCAGUAUGGCUACACCAUGAUCAUUUACCAAUGUUGCAGGGGAUUUACCACGAGACAAGUGGCCAAAUAACAUACUCAGGUUAUGACCCCGAAAAUUUGUAUAGAUUAGCCACAUUCUUCGACCUGUGCUCUCUCGCCGACAAUGUCAUGGAUUGUAUCAGAAAAGCUCACAAUUCUUUGGGUGUUGGUUUCUCCAAAGAUGCCAUUACGAAAAUAUACAACCAACAACUUCCGCAUUGGGGACUAACUCUUUAUGCCGCUUUAUGGAUACAUCUCGAGGAUACACGUCCAAAUAAUUACAUGAAACUUACCACCAAAGCUGAGCGUGACGAUCUUUUGGAAAAUCAAAUUAUCGCUGCUGAUGUGAAUCUACAUCGCGGACCGUGGUAUCCGGGAAGCCAAAGCGCAUGCAGAUUUCAUCUUCAUCUUGCUCAUAUGAAUGAAGCGUGUAUACGAAAUCACAGUGUCGAUCUCUGCACGUGGGUUAUUGAUAAAGAUGGCAUGGUGGAAGAGUUGCAAAAUUGGAGAACAAAGAGGCUUCUGAAUCCAGUAAACACUCAAAGCAAUCUAAGCUCGCAGGUUUCAGAAGCUUCAGUUGAUACUAGCUCUGAUUAG